UCGCAUGUUCCACAACAGCUCAUGCUGUGGUCCCACUGGAAAGAACAGCUUCAAGCAUCUUCGAUGACGGAAACUAGGCCAAAACGACACCCUGCCCGGCCAUGACAUGUCCUCGGUUCGUGUCGCAGCAUUUUCGCCAGCUCGCAUACAGACCCCGCCUUGACCACAAAUCUACUGACACCCUCGCUCGUUUGAAAACUUGCUCCCUACAAAAACAACAACCGUACCACAUACAACACCGUCGCCCGACAAACACAUCCGUGACCUUGAGAUACACCCCGCCUUCCGACUCGAUACGAACACGAACAACCAUGGCAUCCGCUACAAGCUUCUACGACUUCAAGCCGCUUGACAAGCGCGGCCAGGAGACCCCCACUGCCGAUUACAAGGGCAAGGUCGUCCUCAUCGUCAACACGGCCUCCAAGUGCGGUUUCACACCGCAAUUCGAGGGCCUCGAGAAGCUCUACAAGUCCAUCAAGGAGAAGCACGGUGAUGACUUUGUCAUCCUCGGCUUCCCCUGCAACCAGUUCGCCGGCCAGGACCCCGGUACCGACGACGACAUCCAGAGCUUCUGCCAGCUCAACUACGGUGUCACCUUCCCCAUUAUGGCCAAGUCCGACGUCAACGGCGAUGCGGCCAACCCCCUCUUCACCUGGCUCAAGGAUGAGAAGCCCGGUAUCAUGGGCCUCAAGCGCAUCAAGUGGAACUUUGAGAAGUUCCUUGUCGGCCGCGACGGCAAGGUCAAGGGACGCUGGGCCAGCACCACCAAGCCCGAAGCUCUUGAGAAGCCCGUGCUCGAUGAGCUCGCCAAGCCCGCGCCCGCCGAUGCUGCUCCUGCUGCCAAGCCCGAGUAA